AUGGUGUGUGUGUGUGAAGUAUGUAGCAGCUUGGUGGUGUGUGUGUGUGUGAAGUAUGUAGCAGCUUGCUUGGUGGUGUGUGUGUGUGAAGUAUGUAGUAGCUUGGUGGUGUGUGUGUGUGAAGUAUGUAGCAGCUUGGUGGUGUGUGUGUGUGAAGUAUGUAGUAGCUUGGUGCUUGGUGGUGUGUGUGUGUGUGAAGUAUGUAGCAGCUUGGUGGUGUGUGUAUGUGAAGUAUGUAGUAGCUUGGUGGUGUGUGUAUGUGAAGUAUGUAGCAGCUUGGUGGUGUGUGUGUGUGUGAAGUAUGUAGCAGCUUGGUGGUGUGUGUAUGUGAAGUAUGUAGUAGCUUGGUGCUUGGUGGUGUGUGUGUGUGAAGUAUGUAGUAGCUUGGUGGUGUGUGUGUGUGAAGUAUGUAGUAGCUUGGUGGUGUGUGUGUGUGUGAAGUAUGUAGUAGCUUGGUGGUGUGUGUGUGUGUGA